AUGUCAAUACCACCCUGUUUUGAGAGUUCUGAUGAGCAUGUGCAUUCUUUGAUGGAAAUAGAACUUCUUCAAAUAGAUACUACACCUCUUUUAGUAGAAGACAUUGUAUCUCAAAUUAGGUUUGAUGAAAGUAAUAUUGAAGACCAUGGUGACAUAUCAUUUGGUACUUUUUAUAAUUUGGAUACAGUGCCUGAUCUUGAAGACUACCAGGGGGCUUC